AAAAAGUUCCUGGAAGUCUUCAGAUUGAACUUGUCCGUCAAAUCGCAAAACUCUUUAUCCACAGUGAAUGCUCAUACCUGGAAGAGAGGCAGUGUUUUCGUAUCAUGGCAUCCUUCAAUCCCACAAAAAUUGCGAACAAGCAAAAGCGACAAUCACAAUAUCUCAAGGUCAAGAGGCAGAAAGAGAACGAGAAGCGAGAUGAGCGAUUCAAGCGCAAACGACACGAGGACAAAAAUCCACAAUUGCGAGAGCAGCGACGCGCUCAGAAUGUCCCGGCGACAAUCGAUAGUAAGCGCACAUGGGAUGAGACGGAGUCGGCAGACGAGGACGAUGGACAACUCGGUCGGAGCGUGAACAUCCUAGACCCGAAACGAAGAAAGAUCGAGAGGGAAAGCACGACAGAACUCAAUGUGGCUGACGAAGAGGAGAUCGAUGAAUCGGAGGUUCAAGCCGUUGGACCAAUAGAUGGCGAGGCCGAGGAUGACGACCGAGAUAGCAUGCUUGACUCGGAUUCAGAUGACGACGACGAGUCAGAUCCAAGCAUGAAGGUCCAUGAUCCACCCGAUCGCCUGCCUAGUGAAGCACCAUCAACAGCGACAGAUCUCACUGUACGGCCGGAAGUUCUCAAAGCCCGCUUCCCGGGUCUCUUCGAACCUUCGGACAAAGAACCUAAGGUCCUUGUCACAACAUCCAUCAACAGCACUUUACAUGACGAAGCACAACUACUCACGACGUUGUUCCCUAAUAGUGUCUACAUUCGUCGCACAGCGCAUUUCCAUAGCUACAAGUAUAGCGUACGCGAAAUCUGCCAGUAUGCAUCGGCGCCGGAGCGCGGCUUUACUCAUGUUGUCGUCCUCAACGAAGACGAAAAGCGACCAAAAGGUAUCGAUAUCGUCCCGUUGCCACAAGGGCCCAUGUUCCACUUCAGCAUCUCGAACUGGAUCCCGGGCAAGCGAUUACCGGGACACGGAAACCCCACUGAUCACAUUCCGGAGCUCAUCCUGAACGGCUUCCGAACUCCGCUCGGUGUCGUCACAGCCCAUCUUUUCAAGGGCUUAUUCCCGGCUCGUCCGGAGAUCCUUGGGCGACAAGUCGUAACGUUACACAACCAGCGCGAUUACAUCUUCCUGCGCCGGCAUCGGUAUGUGUUCCGCGACAAACGACAAUCAGAAAAGAGCAUCCAGGGCACGGACGGGAAGCCAAUGAAAGGUGUGGAGGAUAUUCGUGCAGGUCUGCAGGAACUCGGUCCGCGAUUCACCAUGAAACUCCGUCGAGUGGACAAGGGUAUUCAACGCGCGAGCGGGCAAGAGUGGGAAUGGAAGGCACACGAUGAGAAGGUCCGAACGAGAUUUAACCUGUAGACAUUUAAUUUACUCCUGUGUACUUUCGCUCGCAAAGCCAAGCGAAAUAUCGCCCAAUUGAUGCAUUUCUCCAGCUUACUUGAAGAUCCGACAUCGUCCGCAUGACGAUUAUAAACUCAAGGCGCGCAGUACUCCUAAGCGCAAAUGCAAGCCUAGGCGGGGUGGUACUUUUGUCACGAUCAUGAGAUUUGCACAUCAAUUGUAAAAAGCCAAGAUGAGUCUAUUCCGUAGUAAUCAACACCAAAAUCG